AUGUCGUAACUUCUAAUGGUGUGGUUGAAUGAUGAAGUAUAGUUGAGUAGGAAGGUGACAUCUUUUGAAAAGGAUUUUCAUAAUGGGUAUCUAUUUGGAGAGUUACUGAGCAAGUUCAAUUAACAACUCAAUUUCGAAGAAUUCUCAAAUAAAGAUGUAAGGGAAGCCAAGAUGAAGAAUUUCACUUUGUUGGAACCAACAUUUAAGACUUUACACAUCCCAUUUAAUUUUCAAAUUGCUGAUCAAGUAAUCAAAGGCAAGAAAGGAGUUGCUAUGUAAUUGCUCUAUCAAUUACAAAUGUAAUUGCAAAAAGUAAAUGAUCCUCAUGAUGUGAUGAUGCAUGCAAAAACUGGUAAAUAUAAUGUCAUAUAACCAUUAAUGGUUAUCAGAUAACCAAAAGACUAAUUUGAUAAAAUGGAAUAAGAAUUCUUUAUAUCUAAACUUAAUGAGAAGAAUAAAGCAUAGAAGGAUGUAAACUUAGACAUGCAUCUUGGGAAGUUUACAUCAUUUGCCAUUUAAUAAGCCGAAAAAGAACGUCGGUUGAAAAUCAAAGAGGAAACAGAGGAAAGAAAUCUAAAAGAAGAAAUGAGAAAAAUCUAGUUGAAUAAAUUACAAAGAAAUAUGGCAUUUAUGGAAGAUUGGAAUCAAAAAGGAAUUGAAAAUUGGAAAAAAAAUUAAUAAAUUCGACAUAAAAAUAAAGUAGCUGAUGAAAAAUUCAAAUCUACAAUGCAAAAAGCAACUGAAGAUAGAUUGAUUCAAACAUAACAAGUAAUGAGAAGUGAGAUAGAGGAUCAAAUAGAACAAUUUGAAACCAGAGCAACUCAAGAACCAGUCUCCUUAGGAUUGAGGAAUAAGAUGAUGAGUGAAUUCUUGAGAAAGGAGAGAGAUAAAAGAAGAAGAAAAAUGAUUGUGGAUUAGGAAAAGUAAACAGAUGAAUUACAGAGAAGAGAAUACACUGUUUUAGAAAAACUCAAAUAAUAAAGUAAAUAAGAAAAAGAAAUUAUGUAUGAAAUCUGGAGAGCCUAUUAAUGUCAGGAAGUUAUUUUGGAAAAUAGACAAUUAAGAGAUGAAAACUAUAGAAAUAAAUAAGAACUCAAUGUAAUUAAUUAGAAAUUUAAAGAAGAAGAGAUGUUAAGAGCUUUAUAAUCAGAAUUUAAUGAAGAAAUAGAAUUACAAUAAAGAAGAUAAUUAGAAAUUAAUGUCGAAUAUAAAUUACAUAUUAGACAAUCAAAUUAUGAAAAAUGUAAAAAAUUAGUGGAGGUUCUCUUCGAAAUUGAAGAAUAGCUUUAUGAACAUUUAUAAAACAAUGAUUCUAAUUAAUUUAACAAGCAAUUUACCAGAGAAAACCAUCAUCUAUUCAAAUAAGGCAUGGAACUAAUUCCUUAUAAAAGAUUUAGAACUUAUGAUCCCAUCAAAGAGAUGAAAAAACAAGAAAGUCUUAACUAUAAACAAAAGGUAUUUCUAGCAAAAAUGGAAAUGCAAGAUUAUCUAGAGGGAACUGGGGCGUGGGAUCUCUAUUAAGCUCAAAAUAAUUAUUCUCUAGGGAACCUAGUCAGAUACCUGAUUGAGAGCUAAUUUUAGAAUUCUACAUCAGAAGUACAAUCUACAGAUCUACCUUUUGUUCCUUUCAGAGGAAGCUUAAUUGGAUUCUCAUUUAGUGGUAAGAAAACUAUAAGUGAAUUGCUUGCCAAAAAAUAUGGUAUUCAAAUAUUGUCAAUCGAUGUGAUUAUAAAUGAAUUACUAGAAUAUAUAAAGAAAUAUGAAUAAGGUGAAGAGCAUUCGUAAGUUUGGGAUUAACAAUAAAUUGAAUUAGGUUAACAAAUAUCAGAGUAUCUUUGUUAAGGAGAAGAUAUCCCUGAAGAACUGUAUAUCAAAGCAAUUGUCUAGAAAAUCAAAAGGCUAUUUGACAAAUAAGAAUUUGAAUAGAUUUAUGAAGAAUACAAAGCCAAAUAUUAAUCAUUUAAUCCUAGAUAAAUUAGAACACUUGAUGAAUUUAAUGAUGAUGGUAUAAAUUGGGAAGAUUUUCAUAGACCAUACAAUAAGGGAUGGUUAUUGGUUGGAUUUCCCCAUAAUUAUGAAUAAGCUAAGUUACUAGAAAAGCAUUUAACAGGAAUUGAGCCUCAAGAUGAACUCACUCCAUUGGAGGCUAGACUUAAAGAAGCUGCUAGGGUAGUCAAGCCUAUUGAUUAUGCAGUUAUUCCACGUAAAAAAUAGGAAAGUGGAGUGGGAGUCUGUGUCUACUUAGAAAUGCCAUCAAAUGAGUAGUGUUUAAGGAGAGCCAUAGGAAGAAGGUAUGAUCAUCAUAAUCACUCAUUAUAUCAUUUGGAAUCCAACACUCCUCAAGUCGGAUAAUGCUCCAUUGAUUGA